GUUUGGGAAACCCUGGGUUAAAAUGUCCAUCAACUCACCUGCCAAACUCACAAUAGCUUUCAAAUUUGGUUCGUGGGUUUGUUUGUUUUCCUGGUGUGCAUUAUGCAACUCCAUGACACUAAAGAUGAAACAGACCUCUCAGUGUUUCAGGGUGGCGCCAGCAACCAAGAAGAUCCAAUUGGAAUAUUAGAUUAGAAACUAUUAGAUUUCUGGUUUUCAGAAAAUAAACCGUACUCUGAUAAAAUGUAAUACUGGAAGUUCUGAAAUUAAUCUGCGUCCAGCUUCCUGUGGAAAACAGCAGACUUAGCAGCUUAUUCUGGGCCUUGAAUAAUUUUGAAUUGAGGUUGGCACCAAGAGCCCAACAUAGUAGUACAAUGCAGGACGAUUCCAAGAAAAAAUAUGGAACGCCUGGAAAACGUAUUAUAAAUCCAAAGAAUCUGAUAGAAUUACUCGAUGAUAAGAAAGAAGAUAAUAGGAAUAAAGCAGCAUUUAUAAUUCAAAAAACUUGGAAAAAAUGGCUGGAUAUGGGUGUAUUUGAAUAUUAUAAAGAGCUUAUAGGCUUUAAGCAAUAUGGGGAGCCUUCCCAACUUAUGAAGUACAUUGAGCCUAGAGAGGCAGAAUUUUUAGAUGCUGCAGCAGGAGUUCAUAUUAAAUUCAGAUUAGGUGGGGACAAGUUUCCUCCCAGCAUAUAUUAUAAAAUAUUUACUCAUAGACCUAUUGUGGAUUUGUGCGCAAAUAGUCCCAAAGACUACGCGAAGAUUGCAACCAAACCAAAUCUAAGGAAGUUGGAGAAAGGGAGCGUCAAUGAAAGUACUAGUGAUUGGUAUAAACGCAUCGAGAAUAAUGGAUGGAGACUUCUUUCCAUUAGAUAUUGGAAGGGUGUGGAUCCUUUAACAACGAAAGACAAUACCAAAAUACAGGAAUUCCACCAUUCUCCUCAGCAGAGGAAACGGAACAUGGUAAAAAAAAGAAAGGAAAGAAAAAUUGCGUGGCUGAAAAAAAUGUACUUUGGAGAAAAUCUGCAAGUUAAAACAGAGAAACCUGAGGCAAUUGCUUUAAUUCAGAGAGCAACAGAAGGGUUAAUCGAGUCCAUGGAGAAGGAAGGAAUAGAUCAAGUGAUGGAAUGGGAAGUAGAUGAGAUGUUAAAGUGGACAAAUGCAUUGAAUUAUGACGAAUAUGUUAAACUAUGGAAAGAAGUUGGAACAAGCAAGUCUUCAGAAGGUUUUCACGGUAAAACUUUUGCUGUUCAUUCUUUAUGUAAUUUUAAUCUAGAUAAAGUAUUCGAUCGUAAACUACAUGGGUAAUUAAAGACUCCUGCAGCACAUGAGACUGACCCAUGAUGAUGGCAGAGCAGCUGGUGAUAACUCUCUGUAGAAUAAGGUGUAUAAGGUUAUGGAGGCAAAUCUUUGGUUGAUUAAUUAAAAUUUUAAUGAAU